AGGAGCCGCCGCGGGAGCCGGACUGCAUCCGCCGCGGCGUCUCCAUGGCACGACCCUGGCCUCCGACUUCAACGACUUCAUAAGGAGACGAUUCUGGGCGCAGCCGUGCCGCUCUUGGACAGUUGCUGUGCGACUCGGACAGUAGAGGAGCGCCUCCAAAGUUUUCAUCCAACUGCUACCCCCAAAGCUUCCACCCUCCUCCCCUGAGAGGACGUUUGAUGCCGGGCCCCUGAGAUUCUCAUUGACAAGCCCCUCUGGGUCCCCCUGAGCAGAGCCUGCUGACCCAAUUGCCCACCUUUGCGGCUUUGAUGCCUAGCCAUGUCUGCCUCAUCCUCAGGCGGCUCCCCCAGGUUUCCAUCGUGUGGGAAGAACGGAGUAACGAGUCUCACGCAGAAAAAGGUCUUAAGAACACCUUGUGGCGCACCCAGUGUAACUGUGACGAUCAACCUUUUUUGUGUUGCCCUCCCCUGCCUGCCAGAAGCGAACCAUGAAGGACCGCUCUUCAACUCCCCCCUUACAUGUUCAUGUGGAUGAGAACACCCCUGUCCACGUCCACAUAAAAAAACUCCCGAAACCAUCAGCGACCAGCAGCCAGAAAUCUCAUAAGCGCGGAAUGAAAGGGGACACCGUGAAUGUGCGGCGGAGUGUCCGGGUGAAAACCAAGGUACCUUGGAUGCCCCCUGGAAAAUCAUCUUCCCGGCAUGUGGGAUGCAAGUGGGAGAAUCCACCUCAUUGCCUGGAGAUCACACCACCAUCUUCAGAAAAACUAGUCUCCGUGAUGCGGCUGAGUGACCUCUCCACAGAAGAUGACGACUCCGGUCACUGUAAAAUGAACCGUUAUGAUAAGAAGAUUGACAGUCUAAUGAACGCGGUUGGUUGUCUCAAAUCUGAGGUCAAGAUGCAGAAAGGUGAGCGCCAGAUGGCCAAAAGGUUCCUGGAGGAGCGGAAGGAGGAGCUGGAGGAGGUGGCCCACGAGCUAGCAGAGACGGAGCAUGAGAACACGGUGUUGAGGCACAAUAUCGAGCGCAUCAAGGAGGAGAAGGACUUCACCAUGCUUCAGAAGAAACACCUCCAGCAGGAGAAGGAGUGCCUCAUGUCCAAACUGGUAGAGGCUGAAAUGGAUGGGGCUGCUGCCGCUAAACAAGUAAUGGCCUUGAAGGAUACCAUUGGCAAGUUAAAAACUGAGAAACAAAUGACCUGCACGGACAUCAACACCCUUACGCGGCAGAAGGAACUUCUCCUGCAGAAGCUGAGCACCUUUGAGGAGACCAACCGUACCCUCCGAGACCUGCUGAGGGAACAGCACUGCAAAGAGGAUUCUGAUCGACUAAUGGAGCAACAAGGUGCUUUACUGAAACGACUGGCAGAGGCGGACUCAGAGAAAGCGCGCCUGCUGUUACUGCUGCAAGACAAGGACAAGGAGGUAGAAGAGCUCCUCCAGGAGAUACAGUGCGAGAAGGCUCAGGCAAAGACGGCAUCCGAGCUUUCCAAGUCCAUGGAGUCCAUGCGUGGGCACCUGCAGGCCCAGCUUCGGUGCAAAGAAGCUGAGAACAGUCGCCUGUGUAUGCAGAUCAAGAACCUGGAGCGCAGUGGGAACCAGCAUAAGGCAGAAGUGGAAGCCAUCAUGGAGCAGCUCAAGGAACUGAAGCAAAAGGGAGACCGUGACAAAGAAACCUUGAAGAAGGCCAUCCGAGCCCAGAAGGAGCGAGCUGAGAAAAGCGAGGAGUAUGCCGAACAGCUCCAUGUGCAACUUGCCGACAAGGAUCUUUAUGUUGCUGAAGCUCUAUCUACCCUGGAAUCCUGGAGGAGCCGUUACAACCAGGUUGUGAAAGACAAGGGAGACCUCGAGCUGGAAAUUAUUGUCCUAAACGACCGAGUGACAGAUCUUGUAAACCAGCAACAAACCUUGGAGGAGAAGAUGAGGGAAGACCGGGAUAGCCUGGUGGAGAGACUGCACCGGCAGACCGCUGAAUAUUCUGCAUUCAAGCUUGAGAACGAGAGGCUGAAGGCUAGCUUCGCCCCAAUGGAGGACAAGCUCAACCAGGCCCACCUAGAGGUCCAGCAGCUGAAGGCGUCGGUGAAGAACUAUGAGGGGAUGAUUGACAACUAUAAGAGCCAGGUGAUGAAGACCAGAUUGGAAGCUGAUGAAGUGGCUGCCCAGCUAGAACGCUGUGACAAAGAGAACAAGAUCCUUAAAGAUGAGAUGAACAAAGAGAUUGAAGCGGCACGUCGGCAGUUCCAGUCCCAGCUGGCUGAUCUACAGCAGCUGCCUGACAUCCUCAAGAUCACAGAGGCUAAGCUGGCCGAGUGCCAGGACCAACUGCAGGGCUACGAGAGGAAGAACAUCGACCUCACAGCCAUCAUAUCAGACCUGCGCAGCCGGAUCGAACAUCAGGGGGACAAGCUGGAGAUGGCGAGAGAGAAACAUCAGGCUUCCCAGAAGGAAAAUAAACAGCUGAGUCUGAAGGUGGAUGAACUGGAGAGGAAACUGGAGGCGACCAGUGCCCAGAAUGUCGAGUUCCUACAGGUGAUUGCUAAGAGGGAAGAGGCAAUCCACCAGUCCCAGCUGCGGCUGGAGGAGAAAACCCGGGAAUGUGGGUCUCUGGCGAGGCAGCUGGAAAGUGCCAUUGAAGAUGCCAGGCGGCAGGUGGAGCAAACUAAGGAACAGGCAGUCACCAAGGAGCGAGCAGCCCAGAGCAAAAUCCUGGACCUGGAGACCCAGCUGAGCAGGACCAAAACUGAGCUUGGUCAGCUGCGGCGCACACGAGAUGAUUCUGACAGGCGUUACCAGAGCCGUCUGCAGGACCUGAAAGACCGUCUGGAGCAGUCAGAGAGCACCAACCGCAGCAUGCAGAACUACGUCCAGUUCCUCAAGUCCUCUUAUGCCAAUGUGUUUGGGGAUGGUCCCUAUACCUCCUACUUGACCAGCUCUCCCAUCCGCUCCCGGUCCCCGCCUGUCUGAGGCUGCCUGUGGAGGACUGGGAGUCCUGCCUGAUUUAGGGGAGCUGAGAGUUGCCAAGCUUAGCUGGAAAGUCACGUGGCUGUCCCUCUUCCAGGGAUGAGUUGCUCAGGGCUUUGCUCUUGGUGACCCAUUCCAGAAGAGUCCCUAGCAAGCAGGGGAAGAAGCGAGAAGCACUUGAUAGAAUUUUCUGACGGAAAUUUAUGACCCCAAUAGGCCUUAAGUUAACUAAGUUAGGAUACCAGAGUUUUAGCUCAUUCCAACUCUGUUUUUCCUCUCCCGAGGGAAUGUUUAGACUGGACAUUUCUUCCAGGCCACAUUUUUUUGAGGAUGUCUUGAGUUUCUUCUGACCCGAGCCAGCAGGAGCCCUCUUGCUUUUGGGACUGGGUGUUUUUCCCAGGGCCCGUGGAAAUCCCCCAUGCCUGAGUUUCCUUUGGUGCCACGAGGGCCUAUGAAGCACUUCAUAGUAGCCCCGCACGGGGGCCCAUGUCUGUGUGGCCUUACACAUGCAAUCUGUCUUUGUUUCUCUUUGUAUGUCUAGAAUGCAUUUUAUUAUUGAAAUAUUUUUGUGGUUUUACAAAAGGUUUUAUAAUUUAAGGUUCUUUCAGAUGAUUUCUUUCACCUAUCUUUUUAAAAAUCGUUGCUGAGUAAAAUGCUGCAAAGAGAGUUAAUAAAUGCUUUCAAAAUACUUGGUUC